AAAAUCUGAAAAAAAUGGUGAGUGCUUUUUUUAGGUUGUAGAAUCACAUAAAAAAUAAUUAGGCAAAUUGGCGGGGGUCAGGGAAAAUGACCUCUCAGUUAGCAUGGAAUACCUCAUAUACACUUAAUCUUAUUAGACCACUUGACAAGGUGGAUUUAAUUCCAGUCCGCACUAUAUAUUGAGAUAAGGUUGCGAAUUAAAUUCAAGGCGUUGUUACCAAACUACAUUGUCUCUAAUUAUGACAAGACAUCUUUUAUUCUCGCAAGAUAAAAUAACUCAGACUGGUCUCUUUGGCGAGCAUCACUUAGUGACAGACAGUAAUCAUGUUUGUAUGUAAAAUUGGCUCGCGCUCGUGCUGUUAUAUAGCAGCCGCGUGUCUGCUGGUGGCUCUUUUGCUAAUCGCUUUCCUGACAAUCUUUGGUGUUAUUCCAAUCAAAAAUGGGGACAUUCCCGCUGGCGAGGAUUGGAUGCGUCCGGAAACGACGAUACCUCAAGGGAGACUCAGAGGUAUAAAUAUGGUCACACACCUUGGCAGAAGAUUCUCUGCCUUCAUUGGAGUUCCGUUUGCCGAGCCACCGAUUGGAGAUCUCAGGUUUAAACAAGCCGUACCGGCGGGUCCUUGGAACGGGACUCUAGAUGCCAGCCGCAUGCCUAACGCAUGUAUUCAGAUCGAGAAAAAGAUCAUAGGGGAUGAGGACUGCCUCUAUCUCAAUGUCUAUACGCCGCAGCUUCCUAGUAGCCAAAAUGCUACGUUACUGCCAGUGAUGGUCUUCGUCUAUGGUGGAGGAUUCAUGGUUGGAAGGAGCACUCCUGACCAACGCAGUCCAGAAUUUCUUCUUAAUAAAGACGUGGUUCUCGUAGUUCCGAACUAUCGUUUGGGAAUACUAGGAUUUUUCAGUACCGGCGACGAAGUAUCGCCGGGGAAUAAUUUACUGAAAGAUAUAGCUGAAGCUUUGAGAUGGACCCAACGAAACAUCAAGUAUUUCGGUGGUGAUCCAAAUAAAGUAACGCUCUUCGGUGGAAGUUCAGGCGCCGCCUGCGUUCGCCUUUUGACCUUAUCUCCUUUAACAAAAGGACUCUUUCACCAAUUCAUGACACAUAGUACACCGCAACUCUAUCCUCCUGUUCCUGAACCGUAUUCGGUGGCCGCCACGCGUGCCACGAAGUUGGGCGAAUACCUUGGUUGUCCAACCAACACGUCAACCACCCUUGUUAACUGUCUGAUGACUUUCAAUGGGUCAUACUUGUACGAUACAGACGUGCUGUUGAGGGAUGUAAGGACGGCCAGGCCUAUUGUUUGGUAUCCUGUAGUCGAACCCGACGUAGAAGGUGCACUUUUUACGGAUACUCCAGCGAAUAUCAUUGCCAAUGGAGAACAGCAUGAUUUGCCGUGGGUGGUCGUUGUAACCAAGGGAGAAGGAAUUGUUACAACUGCAGUGUACUAUGAUAGGCCAGACUUGUUCCAGCAAUUUUUAGACAACGUUGACUCUUACUUAAUCAGCUUCUUGAGACACGACGUUUGGUCAGCCGAUGUCGAUGCCCAAACUGCCGCUCUUAAGUCUCGUUACUUGAACGAUCUAACUGCAGACAGAAAAUUGCUACUACACAAUUUGACUGACAUCAUAAGCGAUUACGAGUUCAUCUACCAUAUUUACAACGAGGCCAAACAACAUGCAAACAACCCUGCUUACAAGAGUCCCGUAUACUUUUGCACUUUUGACUACCGAGGCACUUUCAGCAAAAGCUAUAUGUAUAGUAAUGGUAACGCGGAGAAUUGGGGUGCGGCGCAUGGAGACGAGCUGAUUUACCUCCUUCCUGAACCAACGAAAAAUUUAGCGCUACCAGGCUCUGAAUUUACUGAGACUGAUAUGAAAGUGGUCGACACUAUGGUGGAGCUAUGGACAUCGUUUGCUACAAAUGGGUUGCCGACUACUGCAGCUCUCAAUGACAACGCGAUUUGGGAACCAUUCUCAUCAGACGAAAAAUAUCUUCAGAUCGGUAAUGACAGCGAUCCUGGAAUUCAGCUUAAAAGUGGUUUUCACGAAGAGCGAAUGAAGUUUUGGGAAAAUUUUUUCGCUGCUAGAAAGUAGAUUUAGUUUUAACUGCGGUCCCUCAUCAGGAUUCCUAUUCUUUGUUUUAAAAUAGUUUGUUGUGACUUACCCGUCGGGGAAAGUGAAGGAGAUGUAGGAAUAAAUGUUUAAUGCCUAUCUUAGAACGCAAUGUACAGAAUUUAGUUUGAAUACCUGAUAAUGAUAAUAUUAUCACACAAUGCGUA